GGAAGUGCGUCACAAGCUGCUUGUUUUGGUUGCAUGACUUCUCUAAAGCAAGCAUGGCAAUCCCUAUAGCCAUCUUGGACUGUGAUCUACUCUUACACGGUCGAGGCCACAAGACCCUGGACCGCUUUGACCUGGACUCUGUCCCAGACACUGUCCUCCUCUCACAAUUUGGCUUCCCCAGAGAGUUUAUUCUGUAUCUGGUGGAGUUACUCAGAGAGGCUCUCUGUAGACGUACCCAGAGGUCCAGGGCCAUCAGUCCUGAGGUCCAGGUGUUGGCUGCUUUGGGUUUCUACACAUCUGGCUCAUUCCAGACAUCUAUGGGAGACACUAUAGGCAUCAGCCAGGCGUCAAUGUCAAGAUGUGUGUCUAACGUGACCAAGGCCCUGGUGGAGAAAGCUCCCCAGUUCAUCACGUUCAACAGAGAUCCCUCCAGCACAGAGCAGUUUCAGAGGGUGGCAGGAUUCCCAGAAGUUCUGGGGGUGCUGGACUGUGUUCAGGUCACCAUCAAAGCCCCGAACAGCGAAGACUCGUCCUACGUGAACAAGAAGGGGUUUCACUCUGUGGGCUGUCAGCUGGUUUGUGACGCCAGAGGACUGUUGCUCAGCGCAGAAACACACUGGCCGGGAGGACUCAGAGACACCGAUGUUCUGGAAAGAUCUGCUCUCCACAAACAGCUGCUGGACACCGAGGAGGGCUGGCUGCUGGGUGACCGUCGUUACCCUCUGAGGAAGUGGUUGAUGACCCCGGUCGACUGCCCAGAGUCCCCUGCGGAGUUUCAGUAUAAUCUUGCCCACACUGCUACACAUGAGAUAGUGGACAGAACCUUCAGAGCCAUCCAGACCAGAUUCAGAUGUUUGGACGGCACCAAAGGAUACCUACAGUAUUCUCCAGAGAGGAGUUCGUCCAUCCUGCUGGCCUGCUGUGUCCUCCACAACGCCUCCCUGCAGUCCGGAUUAGACGCCUGGACCCUGGAGAGAACCGACCCCCUGGAGCAGCCCGAGAGCCUCGAGCAGAGACCCGAGGACCGCGACAGCCAGGCAGAGGAGCUCCGAAAGCAGCUCAUACUCAAACACUUCAGCUAAACAGCUGGUCGAGGUGGAAAAGACUAAAUCAAGACUGGGACCAAACAAAUGACAUAAAAGUUAAAGCAAGAAAGUCCACAGACGCAGUGGUGCUGAUGCAGAUUUUUUAUAUUUUGCUGGUUUCUACUCUACUGACUACACUAAGAUAACAUAGUUGUAUAUGGAGGAACAUGCAAGACGCUAUACAACAAACCAAGACAACAUAAUACCCAAACACAUUUCAAAUAACUGGAAAAUGCUUGAUUAUUCUCACUCAAACAUGGAAUAAUCGAGCACUCCCUGGUGUUUUACAGCUAUUCAAACUGUGUGCAGCUGCUGUUAUCAAGGUUUCUUUACAAGUGGAAAAACCCUCCCUUUAUUUUUUUUAAUCCCUCCCCACUUUACAUCUUCCUUCCCCCCAAAAAAUCCAAUGAUUUUCUCCAUUUUUUUUCCUUCUUUUCCCACGUGAUUCCACAGGUUAAAAUCUCGGACUAUGUCACAAUACAAAAACAAGGCCCUUAUUUACAACAACUGCACAUUAGGUUGUCAUUAUUUAUGUACACCGGUGCAUUAAGACUGUUGUGGGUGAGAAUGACGGGAUGUUGAUGUGCAACGGGCUGCAGUCACAUGAUGUUUUUUUGUGUACACACACACAAAAUGAAAUCGAUACAGAGAUGAAUAAGAAAAACGGGAAAUCUGUGCUACUUGUAAUGUCAAAAAAUAGGAUUUCUGAGUAUUUCAUAACCCAGAAUUGUAAUUAUUUCCUCUAGGAGUUGGACUGGGACAGUGAAAUGUCUGUUAUUAAAAGCUUUUAAUUUGAAGGAA